CUUUUCCGUGUGCCUUGACGUAAUCACAACCAUGGAAGGGGCUUUCUCCGUGGAAAACGUUCCAUCGUUUUCCAGCACCGCUAGGAAAUGUGAAGCGGCAUGGCAUGGCGAGUUGCGAUGUGCGCACUGCAGGUAGGUACCCACGUGGUGAUACAAAACUAUCGACUCUCCUGAUUACAACGUCCAUGAUCCUCCUCCCAGAAACAUAGUCUCGGAUAACGGUAGUAUAUUCAGAUGAACGCAGUACGCAACACGAUGACUGCUGGUGCAGCGCGUAGACACCUCAGCAAUGUCUUCCCUUGGGUCACAUCACCCCUUGUUGUCGGAGCGCCGAUGCGCGUCAUGUCUGGUCCGCAUCUAGCACUCUCGGUGUCCAAGGCUGGUGGUUUAGGUUUCAUUGGUCCUAGCGCGAAACCUGAAGACACCGCUACCGAUCUGAACACAUUGCGCAAACUGCUACAGGAGACACAAGGCUCUACUUUUCCAGACGAAUUUCAAGCUGGAAUGCGAUUACCGGUAGGUGUUGGAUUCCAGCUCUGGAAUGGGGACCUUAAUUCAGCAACCAAUGCAGUGGAAGAACACCACCCCUGCGCUGCUUGGCUGUUCGCGCCUGGACGAGGGCAGGAAGAGUUGGAUGAAUGGACGGCUCGCCUCCGAGAGGCAUCACCUGGUAUACAUAUCUGGAUUCAGGUCGGCACCCUGAAAGAGAGUAUAGAAGCUGCGAAGAGCGCCAAUCGACCAGACGUACUAGUCAUCCAAGGCGCGGAAGCAGGCGGGCAUGGAAGAGCCACAGACGGCAUGGGCAUCAUGACGCUCUUCCCCGAAGUCGCCGACAGCAUUCGCGAUUCCGGUAUGUCACUGAUAGCUGCUGGAGGCAUCGCCGAUGGUCGCGGUGUAGCUGCUGCACUUGCUCUGGGAGCACAGGGCGUAGCGAUGGGCACUCGUUUUCUCGCAUCUACCGAAGCCCGUAUCAGCAAAGGCUAUCAGAACGAAGUUGUACGCGCUACAGAUGGUGCUCAGAGUACCACCAAGACUAUGCUGUACAAUCAUCUAAGGGGUACUGUGGGAUGGCCAGAGCAGUACAGCCCGCGCGGUAUCACGAAUAAGAGCUGGCAUGAUCACCAAGCGGGUGUUCCGUUUGAGGAACUGAAGAAGCGACAUGAAGAGGCUGAGAAGUUGGGGGAUGCAGGAUGGGGCCCAGAGGGACGACUGGCUACAUAUGCAGGGGCUGCGGUGGGCCUUGUGCAUAGUGUUGAAGAUGCUGGAAGUCUGGUCAAGAGACUACAGGAAGAGGCAACAACGAUUGUCAAGGGUUUGCACGAUAAUGUUUAGAUUGUCACAACGAUAUCGCUGAUGUGUUGAUAAAGCAUAAGUACCGCGUUCCUACGUGCUACUUGACUCCAAUAUCGAGAAAGCCUGUGUGCGGUGCAGAAGCGGAGCGGGUUUGCUGCGGUCGAUGGGAUUCCCGUUGAGAUAGAGGACAGUCCACGAAUUAUCAAUUUGUGCAAUUCUGGAAUCAUUCCUCUGCUCUGCCAUGG